AUGACGUCUGCGUCGAAAUCUGACACCAGCGACCGGCGGCUUAGGUCGUCUAGCCACCAGAGCGAGAACAUUGAUGCAAAAGAGAAAGAGACACCAGCAAACGUUGAGGCAGAAGGGAAACAUCCGACAGGCAAAGACAGGAGCGUCACUUUGCGACCUGUACAGAAGCGAAAGCGAAAAACAAUAAGUCAAGCGGUCACUACAGCUAAAUCUUCGCCCACUCAGGAGCCUAAGGUCUCAAAACGCCUCUGCCCGCCUAUUUCCACCAUUCUCCGAAACGUGAAGGACUACAAACUGUUUGUAGCUUCAAUCCAAGAGAACAACGGAGUACCGGCACAACAGCGUUUCCUUGAGAUCCAUCUAGACGCGAGCAACAACGACGAGUACGUCGAUCUUCAUCUAAUCAUCACCCUCAAUCAACUUCACCCGAGGCCCGACGGAACCAAUCCCCACCACUUCGAAACCAUCAGGCUGGUGAUAGAAGGAGAAUGGCUGUACACGCGUUACAACUACAACCUAGCUUCACCUGCCCUGACGUCUGCCAUUUCGUUUGAACAUUCGCCGCUCGAUUAUGCUGCACACGCCCCGCUGGAGAGACUUACUGCUUUCAGUCCAAAGCAGGAGAAGAAGCAGAAAAUGCAAUGCAAGCCCGACCCAAACACGCCAUUGACUAAGCAAGAGAAGACAGAGCUCUCGUACAGGGUCAACAGUACUGAGAGGCUCGUCGCCAAGGCACUGCUUGGUAUCCGCGGGCUGGAGGAAGUUGUCUUCGCUGGCGAUGGCGCGAUGGAAGGAGUUUUUGCUGAAGUGCUCAAGAACACUUUGGUACAGCUACCGGAUACAGAGGUCGCGGAACCAUCUGGAGAUGUCUUGGCUCACUCGACGCUCCUGCUAUAUCGCUAUGGCGAAGGAAACAUCGAAAGUUCAAGCUAUCAUACAAAGCGCAUCGAGGCAGAUUCUGACGAUAGUGAGCUGGGGAUGGACGACAUGGUUCGGGUUAGGAAGAUGGAGCAAGAGGAAGGACAUUAUGAGAGUGGGAGGAUUGAUUUUCUGAGAGACGCUGUUCUGCCUUUGACGGAUUGGCAGAAUGUAGUGGAGAUGGGGUGGGAAAUUUGA